UGUGGCAGCGCUCCGCCAUAUUGACUGUUGUCUUGACUGGAGAAGAUAGGGAAACAUUUGUGAUCCUAGAACAAAUAGAAACCGUGCUUUUAAACAUCUCUAAACUAGUGCAACCGUGACCAAAGGAUAUAUCCGAUAUCUGCGUGAUGGCGAGGAAGAAAAACAAACAACAAGGAGUCGCGAGCAAGGAGUUAGUGUCCGGACAACAGAGCAUAUCGAAGAGCCCCGUCUCUCCCGGAGAUGCAGCUGGCGGUGAUGCAGGGCUGGAUAGACUGGCGGCCAGGGCGAACCAGCCGAGGCACACCUGCUGCCUCCUGUGUCACCGUGAGUUUAAGGACUGGGGGGCGAGCUCUGCCAACGGUCUGCCUGGGGGUCACGGGGCGAAGCUAGCUGACGCUGUCCCAGCCCUGUCCCAGGCCCUGCUCCGAGAGGUGCCGGGCCAGAAGCUGUCCGACACCGUGCCUUCGCUGAGCCAGUCUCUACUGGGAGAGGUUCCGCUCUGGAUCUGCCAGAGCUGCCGGAAGAGUGUUGAGGAAGAGGAGAGACAGAGCACCCAGGAAACGCCUGCACCGGUUCCGUUGUCCCACUCAUCGUUGUGUAAGGCUCAGAGUUGUGGGAAUGGUUACCCAGAGCAGAGCUCGGUAGACUGGGACCCAUCCUCCUUCCUCUCAGCCCACAAGCUUUCUGGUCUCUGGAACUCGGCUCACAGCAACGGAGGGAUCCACUGCAACCACAGCACUGCCUCGCACGCACAGCAAGGAACAGGGGGACCAGCGUGUCACGAGAAGCGAGGCUCUCAUGAGGCUCCUGGGAAAUCUGCUAAAAUGCCUGGGGCCAAAGUGUGCCCCUACAGUCACCCUUCCCAGAAUUCCAGUGGUUCUUCCCCCGGGAACCUGCUCUCUACCUCCGGGGACCUCUGUAAGACCACCCCAAAGCACUUCAAGACCAUGUGCCGACGACCAACACCGCCUGGUGAAGCAUUCCACCCCAGCGACCACCACCAACACUCAGACCUAUCUGUCCCCCCCAACAGCCCCACUGGCCUCUCCUCCUCCUCUCAGCAUUCCUCUCUCCUGCCCCUCAAGCAGAGCUCCGGAGGGCAGCAGCACGGCCAUGUCACAUCCUCCUCUUCCGGUCUAGCUGCUCACGCCCCCUUCUCCCCGCUGGUACCAAACCUCCACGUCCCCUCGGCAGGGGCCAAGCUGGGGGCCCUGGGUGGCCCUGACUGCUCAGCAGGGGCCAAGCUGGGGGCCCUGGGUGGCCCUGACUGCCCAACAGGGGCCAAGCUGGGGGCCCUGGGUGGCCCUGACUGCCCAACAGGGGCCAAGCUGGGGGCCCUGGGUGGCCCUGACUGCCCAGCAGGGGCCAAGCUGGGGGCCCUGAGUGGCCCUGACUGCUCAGCAGCGGCCCUCCAUAAGCCCUUGGCAUGUAAGAACUCACACAUUCCUCCUGUGAACAGCCAGCACAGCAAACUGGGCCCCUCCCUGAUGGGCUGUAACCACCCCUGUAAUGGCCACAGUGGGGGCGCUGCCCUCUUCCAACGGAGACAGGUCAGCCAUGUUAUACCUGUCAUAACUGCUCUAGACCAUGAGCUCAGGGGGGACAUGGCUGUUAUACAGUCACCCAGCUUCGGAGCUGGAGGAGGGAGAGGACGGCUCCAUAUUAUACUCAUCAGUUCUGAGAGGAGCUCCUGUGCUUCCUCCUCAAACAACCAGAAGGAUGGGAAGUACUGUGACUGCUGCUACUGUGAGUUCUUCGGACACAACGCGCCCCCGGCGGCUCCGACCAGCCGUAACUACACAGAGAUCCGAGAGAAGCUCCGGUCCCGUCUGACGCGUCGUAAGGAGGAGUGUCUACCCCAGAGACGGGACUCUGACCCGGCCGUGUCCACCUCCAUCGACCACCGAGACGUGGACGAGCUGCUGGACUUCAUCAACUCCUCAGAGCACAAACCAGCCAACAGCGCUAAGGCUGCCAAGCGGGCACGUCAUAAACAGAAGAAGAAGGAGAAGCAGACCCAGGCGGGUAGUGGUGAUGGUGAGGGAGCUGGUAGCGACCCCCCCUCCACCCCUCCAGAGCCCAGUGAGGACCCAGACCACCUCAGCCUGGAGGAGGAGGAGGAUUUGGAUGGGGAGUACGGUGAGGGCCCGGAGGCUAGUCGGCUGCUGGAGUGGCCCCAGCUGGAACUAGAGAGGGUCAACUCCUUCCUGACCUCUCGGCUAGAGGAGAUCAAAAACACCAUCAAGGACUCUAUCCGGGCCUCGUUCUCCAUGUACGACCUCAACCUGGAUGUGAAUGACUUCCCCAAAAAGGCGGCUACUCUGGAGGGCAACCAUCUUCUCUCCCACCUCAACGGCUCCUCCUGUUCUGACCUGCAGCAGAUAGACCUCGACCUGGCCCCUCUCUCCCUGGGUACCUUCAAGAGCCAUCUUGACCUGGUCAGCGGCUGGGAGGAGGCCCAUCCCCGGGACAACUCCCCCAUCGGCCCCAUCUCACCCCCGGCUUGUGCUACUGUACCUGGAGUAGGGGGACCAUGGGCUGCGGCUGGUACUGGGGCAAAGGAUGUUCAGAGGCUCCACACCACCCCCAGCCUCUCCAAGCUGAUCCGGGUGCGCUCCCCAGAGAGGUGCCCCUCUGCUAGGCCUGAGAAUAAACACCAGGCCCCUGCUUCGAUCCAGACCCAGGCCUCUAUUAAGGUAGCUAAGCCUAAAGACGAGACCCUAGCGGAGCCCAAGAACAUUACUACCCCUACUCCUGGGGUUAAUGUUGGGGCUGGUAAGAACAUUACUACUCCUGGGUCUGGGGUUAAUGUUGGGGCUGGUAAGAACAUUACUACUCCUGGGUCUGGGGUUAAUGCUGGGGCUGGUAAGAACAUUACUACUCCUGGGUCUGGGGUUAAUGCUGGGGCUGGUAAGAACAUUACUACUCCUGGGUCUGGGGUUAAUGCUGGGGCUGGUAAGAACAUUACUACUCCUACUCCUGGGGUUAAUGCUGGGGCUGGUAAGAACAUUACUACUCCUGGGUCUGGGGUUAAUGCUGGGGCUGGUAAGAACAUUACUACUCCUGGGUCUGGGGUUAAUGCCGGGGCUGGUAAGCUGAAGAAGGGCAAGAAGCAGCAACGUCAGGACCAGCUGCCUCCAGAACAGAACCAGAUCAGACCCGGAUCCAAAGCAGCUGUGGAGUUGCAGAAAACUGUUUCCAACAGUUCUGAUGCUGUGGGUUCUAAGGCUGGUUCUGGUUCCAAACCACCACCUCACUCAGCUGAGAGCCAGAGAACCGGGGCAAGGAGGGCAGAGGAGACCAGACCCACCCGUCAGCAGGCCACCAACGGGACAGUGAGUAGCUCUGGUGCUCCCAGCACCCAAAGAGGGAAGGGGGAGGAGCAAGAGGCCAAAGGUCACUCUGUCACCUCAACCAAUCACAACCAAGCCCAGCAGCAGCAGCAACCCAAGGGGAAGAAUAAGAAGAACAAGAACAAGGGAGAGAAAACCAGCCGCAACAUCGACGAUGUGUUUCUCCCUAAAGACGUGGACCCAAAAGAAAUGGAUGAGAUUGAUCGUGAGGUGGAAUAUUUCAAAAGGUUUUGCCUUGACUCUGCUAAACAGACCCGUCAGAAGGUUGCAGUAAACUGGUCCAACUUUACCCUCAAAAAGGUUCCUUCCAACGCAGCCCAGUAACUGACGGGUUCUAGAAUGCAGAACCCCCCCCAACACAACUAUGUCCAUACAACCGCGACGGCCUGAGGCCUUCUCUCAUUCCCACUCUUCGUCCUCCUCCUCGUUUUCCUCACCAAGCCAAGGGACCCUGGUGCAACACCAUUUUCCAUUCAGGACUGCGAUACUGCGUUGCUAUUGGCUGACAGCCAGGGAUCAUUCACACACAGGGGCGACUGAGACUAGACUUUGCUGUUUUGCAACGAGGGAGAAGAGAUCCAGGUUGAAACAUGGAGAACUGACACCCUUCUGUUUAUCAGAUCUAAUCUACUGUGUACUUCUAUGUAGUAUGGAAAACAGUUACCUUAUACAAUAAAAAAUGUGUUUUUAUUGCAAUUGUGGCACAUUUUAACAUUG